AUGAGCACUGAACUCCAACAGGUCCAGAAAGUAUGGGAACGGACUCGCCCUAACAGUCCUAUCUACGAAUUUCUUCUGGAUACAAUUGAAAUCUAUGAGGCCGAGAGGGGUGUUGUCCGCGCUCGACUUCAAGUCAGCCCACGCCAGCUCAACUCCAAGGGCACUCUCCACGGUGCUUUCUCGGCAUGUGUGACUGACUGGGCAGGUGGCAUGGCCAUUGCCUCUCACGGUUUGGACUCGACAGGUGUCAGCACUGAUAUUCAUGUCAAUUACCUUUCAACUGCAACUGAAGGUGAUUGGCUUGAAAUUGAAAGUCGGGCCAAUAAGGUUGGCAAGUCGCUUGCUUUUACCACUGUGACAAUCUCAAAAAAGACUGAGGAAGGUCUUACGAUUGUGGCUCAAGGUUCUCACACUAAAUAUGUGCGAACCCGCUGA